GUCUAAAAGGGGACGCUUUAAUUUGGUGGCAGAGAGGGGGCAGUUACGGCUAUUUUUCUAAACUACCAAAGCCGUUGCGGAUGAAAUAUAACAUCUAUUCCAGAGUUAGUCAUUUAUAAUUGUAGAAAUCCGACGACGGCAGGAUCUUUGUCGCUAGAGAAGGUUUGCAGGGGCUGGAAACUGAACUGUUGACACUCCCACCCCCGAAAAGACUAGAAUCCAGUUUCCGUCUUUUGGCUACUUCCUGGCCAUUAUUUUAUUUACUAAAUGCUGGUAUCCCUCCGCAGGGUCAGAGAGUAUUUUGAACAGAAUGUAAAACGGUUUGCGCUCUGUUUUCUUGCAUGUCGUGCUAUCAACGUGUUUAAAAUCUGACGGGUUUUUGAAGUGGCACCGUCCUGAGGAGUCACGAGGAUUACUAGGUAUUUGUUUGCUCAAGUUCUGUCAGUAGGUGGUGGAUCUAGAUUGUUAGGAGCCUGGAGGGGGAUGUGGUUCGAUGCCACUUAUCAUUAGAUAUGGCCAUCGUUUUUAGACUACACCGAGGCGUCAUCUUUCCCUUAAUUUUGUCAUAAAUCGUGGGAAUUUGGGGUUUUGCUCCGCGUGGCAGGCAUAAUGUUGUUUUUUGCAAACUAGUGUUUGCUUUCCCAUAUUUUUGGAGCCAGUUGUUACUGCGUGGCAGAGUGGUUACGAGAGUCUUCUAACUAGCCGCUUGGUCCCGCAGCUUGUCGCAGCUGAAGAAAAUAGAACCAGUUGUUGCCAACCCAGCAGUCGGCAUCCAACAUUUGCUUUGCACAACGCUAUACCUUUAAAAAGGAUUGUGUUACAUUGCUUUAUUCCCGGGGCUCUUGCAGUGGCGUGUAUUUCGGGGUUUCUUUGUGUGUCUGUGUUAAUGAUAAAAAAAAAUUGCUGGCCAUAGACUUGGGUGGCUAACGCCAACUAGCUAUAUAACCUGAACUCGUGCGACGACAGCUGUCAUUGGAGAAAGGAAAGUGAUCCCAACAAAUGCGCCUGCCAGUGAAGCGGUUUUCUGUUGGAUUUACAUCAGCUGCUUUCCCGUCAAAUGGUGUUUUUGGACAUGAAGAGGAUAAUUCGCUGUCCAUAGGGCCGGAAGAAUGUCAUCAGAGGAUAAGUCUGUGGAACCCUCUGAUCAGCUUCCCUCACCGCUGCCUAGCAGUGUAGGGGCCACAUCCACAGGAAGCCCUGUCCACACAGACAAGAGACCCCGUGGCAGGCCACGCAAGGAUGCUGUUGCCAUCCUAGCCCAGACACCACCCCCAUCCACAUCUAAGAACAAAAAGAAAGGUCGCACCAGAGGGAAAGUUGCUGUAGAAGAAGAAGACAGCAUGGAUGGGACAGAGAUAACAGAGUCCACUGACCCUCCAGAUACAGAAACACAAACCCAACAGGCAGAGACUAUGGAAGUUCUGACCGCUGAUUUGCCAGAUGAAGACAAACCGUUUUCCCCUCUGGCCUUCAGUCCGUCAGUUGAAAGCUCAGAUGGACCAACUGUCCCGCCAAGUGGAGGAAUCAAAAGCAGUGAGCGACUCUGUGCCUUUUGUUACUGCGGUGGCCAUAGCCUUCUGGGUCAGGGAGAUCUGAAAGUAUUCAACACCACAUUUCAAGAUGAAAAAUUCCUCCGCUGUAGAGGUGAAGGAGGCUCAACAAACGAUAAUGGUGAUGGUGACACAACCACUCAGCCACAAUUGGCCGAAGACAUCGCCUCAGGACAGAAGGAAAAGAACGGGGCUGUGAGCUGCAAAGCAGAACCGGACCUCGCCAGCCGAUUCUGGGAUGAGCUCUCUUAUGUUGGCCUUCCAAAAGAUCUUGAAGUCCAGUCUCUCUUUGAGUCAGGGAAAUGUUGGGCACAUGAGAGUUGUGCCUUGUGGUCUGACGGUGUUUGUAAGAGUGAGGGACAAUCUCUGCUUAAUGUGGACAGAGCCAUUGACUCAGGGAGCACAAAGCACUGUGCAUACUGUAAGCGCCUUGGAGCAUCCAUUAAGUGCUGUGCUGAAGGAUGUGCUCAACUCUACCAUUACCCCUGUGCGGGGGCAGCCGGGACUUUUCAGGAUAUUAGGAGUUUAUCGCUCCUCUGCCCAGAUCACAUUGAAGUGGCAAUUCAUAAAUUUGUAGAUGAUGUAAAUUGCGUGCUGUGUGAUAGUCCGGGGGACCUACUGGACCAGCUCUUCUGCACAAGUUGUGGUCUGCAUUACCAUGGGAUGUGCCUGGACAUGGCCGUUACUCCUCUAAGAAGGGCAGGUUGGCAAUGCCCUGAGUGCAAAGUCUGCCAGACAUGCAAGAACCAUGGAGAUGACACUAAAAUGCUGGUUUGUGAUAUGUGUGACAAAGGCUACCACACCUUUUGUCUUCAGCCGGCCAUGGAAUCUCUUCCCACCAAUGGAUGGAGAUGUAAGAACUGCAGAGUAUGCAUCCAGUGUGGAACACGAACCAGUGGACAUUGGCACCACAACAGCCUACUGUGUGAGAAUUGUUUCCAAAACCAGGAUCCUGCUCUGUGCUGCUCAAUGUGUUCUUGCAUCCUGGACCCUGAGCAUCACAAAGACUUACUGUUUUGUCAGACUUGUAAGAGAUGGUUACACCUGGAGUGUGAGCGUCAGAACAGCGGCCAAACAGAAAUCAACCCAAGAGAGGACUAUGUUUGUUUUAACUGCAGGUCUCCUGCUGCAGAGCAGGCUCUACUGACAGAGGAUAUGGACCUUGGCCCAGAGCUCAGGCUUCAGCCAGCCUCCAUGCACACAGACUCUGAGACUGGCCUACAGCUGGCUGAAAAGCACACAGACCCCGAAACUGGCAACCAGCUGCCCCCUGAAAUGCACAAUGACCCCAAACCGGAAUUAGUUACUGUUUCAUUGCAUUCUGAUCCAAAGCCUGUUCAGGCUACCGUCCAGAAGGAGGAGCUACCCGUGACAGACCAGAAGCCUGCAGCAUCUCAUGGAACAGACUCUGUCCAAACGCAGGACACUGAACCUUCUGUUAAAGAAAUUCCAGUAGGAUCUCCACCAGAAUCAAAACCAGCAGUCGGAAUCCAGCUCUUGUCAGAAGAAAGUCCUGUAGCGUCAUCAAAUCAGAGCCAGGAGCCUCUUCCAGUCCAACAGCCUGCGGAGGCCACAGAGGCACAGGACACAUUGUUGCAAAUCAAACCAGCACAUACAGAAGCCUGCCCUUUUGAGGGCAUGGCUAACCAUAGCACAAAGGAUUUUAAGGCCAUUAUUUCACCCACCAAAGAGCAGAGUACUACGCCAGUUACUUAUGUGGACCAACCAAUGGAAGUCACACUACUACCCCAGCCUUCAAGUGUGAAUCUAACCGGGGCUUCUUUCUUGGAAACUGCUCCAACUGAACUGAGGAAAAGACAUGAGAUUCCGUUUCAUAUAACCCUCCCAGAGGCUGCUAAGCCCUCAUCCUCAAGGACUUCAGCAGACAUGGACACUACACUGGAAAACAAACCAAAUUUGUCAUUUACCAGCUUGUCAUUGGAGGAGAAGCCAAUCAAGUCGUCUGUAGAAAGAUUAGUUGAAAUGGUUUCUUCUUCCCACUCCUCCCCUUUGACUCGAAUGGCCCCACUCAAAGAAGCCCCCCAGACCCACAUUCUGCCCUCACUGGAUGACGGCAGCGGUGUGAUACCUCCAACAGCCCUUGUUCCGUUUACCCCAAAAAUUGGAAUGGGAAAGCCAGCCAUUACAAAGAGGAAGUUUUCUCCUGGAAGGCCACGAGUCAAACAGGGUGCAUGGAGCCCUCAUAGCAGUGUGAGCUCACCCUUGUCCUGGUCAUCAGACCAGCCAGAGGGUUGGGACCCAAAGACCAGGCAGCCUUCAUACAGCCCCGGGUGGAGCAUCAGAGUGGGUCGAGGCUCAGGCUUCCCUGGGAGGAGGCGUCCAAGAGGAGCUGGUCUGUCGGGUCGAGCUGGGCGCGGCAGAGCCAGAGGAAAGAAUGGAGUCAGCUCCAGCAUCAACCCUGGGCUGACAACAUUUGAAAUGCAGUACCCGGUCAAGGAAGAGGAGGAAAAUGCAAUGCAUAAUACAGUUGUCAUUUUUUCCAGCAAUGACAGUUUUACUCUGAAACAGGACAUGUGUGUGGUGUGUGGGAGUUUUGGCCUCGGUGCAGAGGGUCGUCUUCUGGCCUGCGCUCAGUGUGGCCAGUGCUAUCAUCCGUUCUGUGUUGGCAUAAAGAUCAAUAAGGUGGUGCUAAGUAAAGGCUGGCGUUGUUUGGAGUGUACUGUGUGCGAAGCUUGUGGCCAAGCCACAGAUCCGGGCCGGUUACUGCUGUGUGAUGACUGUGACAUCAGCUAUCACACCUACUGCCUGGACCCUCCACUGCAGAAUGUUCCCAAGGACAGCUGGAAGUGCAAGUGGUGUGUGUCAUGCACUCAGUGUGGUGCCACCACCCCUGGCCUUAGGUGCGAGUGGCAGAGUAAUUACACCCAGUGUGCUCCCUGUGCCAGCCUUUCCACAUGUCCAAUCUGCCUGGUUAACUACAGCGAAGGCACCGUUAUUGUUCAGUGCCGCCAGUGUGACAGAUGGUUUCACGCCUCCUGUCAGGGGUUACACUCGGAGGAUGAUCUAGAAAAAGCUGCAGAAAACAGCUUCGACUGCACCAUAUGCCAAACUUUAAAGACCACUAAAGUUGUGACUAAGACCAGAGACAGCAAUGCGCCACUUGUCUUGACACCAUAUGUAACAAAGGCUAGAGAACUUGAUUUAUCGAGGACAUACACCCAGGAUGGUGUUUGUUUAACAGAGUCAGGGCUCUGUCAGCUUCAGAGCUUAUCUGCUGCUGCUUCAAGACGGCGGAAAACCAAGCCCAAGUUGAAGCUGAAAAUCAUUAACCAGAACAGUGUGUCUGUGCUUCAGCCUCCCAUGGACUCGCUCUCAGAACUCUCACGGGAUGAAGAUAUGGAGGACAACAGAGAGGCGGAGCUCCUCGAUUGUGAAGCAAAGUCUGAUUCGAGUCUUGAGCGAGAGCCAAUGGAGGAUGACUCCAAGGGGGUCGACGGCGGCAAGAAGAGGAAGAGGAAACCGUACCGGCCGGGCAUUGGUGGGUUCAUGGUUCGCCAGAGGAGCCGUCCAGGCCAAGGACCGGGAAAAGCCAAGCGCUCUUAUUGCAGGAAGGACUCGUCUGGCUCCAUGUCAGAGAAUCUUAUCGGAAAAGAUGAAGGUUGGGCGGAGCUGCAUCCAGAUACUCCUGUAGAUGAAGUUGCACCUGGACCAGAGGUUCCAGAAAAGAUAAAGAAACGCUACCGGAAGAAAAAGACCAAGCUAGAGGAGGCUUUCCCCGCCUACCUUCAGGAGGCUUUCUUUGGAAAGGAUCUUUUGGACAAAAGCAAGCAGAGUAGACAGCAUGGAGGUGAAUCGGGCUUACUAGAAGAUGGGCAAAACCAAGUGGAGCGAAGACGCACCAAUACCAGCGUCCUGGACUCUUCAUCGGUGCUCAACUUCUCGGCAACGUCUAUUCCUACCAGACCAGGUAUUGCACAGACGCCCGAUGAACCCUUAGUUGAUCUAGCUGAUGUUCUGAACUCUGAUGCAGACAUCUUGGGAAUGCUCGGAAAGUCAAGCAGUGAAUCUGGUCUUGAUUUUUGCUCCUUCCAGGUUGACAGCUCACCUCCUCCUUUUGCUGGUUUGGACAUUGGGCCCCUGACGGACAGCUCCACAGUGGGGUCUCAGACUGGUCGAAGAACACCUCGAACGAUCGCAGACGAGCCUUUAGACGGCAUUCUCAGCCCAGAGCUUGAUAAGAUGGUGACUGAUGAAACAAUUCUCAGUAAACUCAAUAAAAUUCCAGAGUUGGAGGGCAAGGAUGUGGAAGAUCUCUUUACGGCAGUUCUCAGCCCAAGUACAAGCCAACCACUAACCACACAGAUGCCCCACCCCCAAAUUCCAGGUGCUCUCCCUCCCACAGCUUGCAGUAGCAUGUCCCAUCCCAACACAGCCUUUCCAAGGAUGCCUAUGAUCAAUGGCAUGAUGGGACCAAAUCAACGUUUCCCUGCAAACCCUGGAACAGGGCCCCGCUUCCCAGAAAAUGUUUCCUCGCUUAACCGAAUGCCUUUCUCUGAAAACCCAAGAGAUAGAAAAUUUAAUCAGAUGCCUAGAGAGGCUGUUGGUCCAUGGCCGCCCUCUGCACACGGUUCUGCUCCUGCACUCCCCGGAUCUUUGCCUGAAGGAGAAACUGAAGCCAUGUCAAAUGCUCAAAGGAGUACACUAAAGUGGGAGAAGGAAGAAACACUUGGAGAACUAGCCACCGUGGCACCUGUCCUGUAUACAAACAUCAACUUCCCCAACCUCAAAGAAGAAUACCCAGAUUGGUCAACAAGAGUAAAGCAAAUUGCUAAACUGUGGAGGAAAGCUAGUUCACAAGACAGGGCCCCAUAUGUGCAAAAGGCAAGAGAUAACCGAGCAGCCCUGCGCAUCAACAAAGUCCAGAUGUCGAAUGAGACAGUGAAGAGGCACCAUCCACAGCAACAGCCUCCUGAGGUGUUUGAUCCCAACAUACCACUAGACACAGAACUCCUGUUUAAAGACCCUUUGAAACCAAAAGAGUCAGAGCAUGAACAAGAGUGGAAGUUUAGACAGCAAAUGAGACAGAAAAGCAAGCAACAAGCCAAAAUUGAAGCCACACAGAAACUGGAACAAGUGAAGAAUGAGCAACUCCAACAGCAGCAGCAACAACAGCAGCCAAGCAGCCAAUCAGAUGGAGAUGGCAGUAACCAGAGCCCAGCCUCCCAGCCUAGCAAUGAAAGCAUGUCCCCUAUGCAGCAGUUUAAUUCUAAAGAAAAUUUUGUCAGACCACACCUGCAAGGGACGCCUUCCUCAGCUCCUUUAGAGGAUGUGUUUAUACGGCCACAACCUCCUCCUCCAUCUGGGCCUUCGUCCCAGCCUCAGUCUCCUCAAGUAUUUUCACCAGGUUCUUCUGGAUCCAGACCCUCCUCACCAUGGGACCCAUAUGCCAAAAUGGUUGGUACCCCUAGACCACCAACUCUCGGACCAAAUGCCUGUCGCAGGAUACCGGUGGAAUCUAGCAAGUCUCCAACCCCCCUGAUUGAACAGCAGGACAAAGGAAGACCCUCUCCAGCACAUGAAUCUUUUGGUUCUCCUACAUCAGCAAGCAGUGACCCCUAUGCCAAACCCCCUGACACUCCAAGACCAUCUGGAGAAGUCGACCUUUUUCUGAAACCAAUGGGUCCACCCAGAAACAUUCAGUCUGCUCAUGGACGACCCCCAAUGGGCUCUCCUGGCAGAGACCCAUAUUCAAGGCCCAUGAUCAGAAACGACGCAUACCAGCGUAUGACCCAGAACCGAAUGAUUUUGUCCGAUCCCUAUUCAAGGCCUUUAAUAGCGCCAAUACCUGGGAGUAACGAGUCAGGCUCAGUUCCUCUGUUUAAAACACCAAUGCCGCCUCCUCAAACUCAAGAUCUGUUUAAUCGACCAGGUCCUCAUUCCAAUGACAGAUUUUUACAGAAUCAGCAGAGUGACCCUUACGCACAACCUCCACAUACCCCCAGACCACUUGGUAAUGAUGGAUUUACCAAUCCAUCUAGAAUGGGCCAGCAUCACCUACAGGGACAUUCAUUUCAUCAGCCAGGCCCAAUGAAUCAGACAUCUAGAAACCCUUACGCACAUGCUCCAUCCACACCAAGGCCAGACCACUUCACAUAUGACCACUAUCCUCAACCCCCUGGUCCUAACAAGCAAGGCAGUGAUUCCUUUUCACAGCCUACAGUUAAUCAACGGGCCAUCAAUGAACAUGGAACUCAACCCCGGCCAUUUUUUGAACCUUAUGCCCGACCCCCUGGCACUCCACGUCCACAUGACAACUAUGUUCAGCCAUCAAAUGCAUUUAGUCAGUCUUCAGACCCCUAUUUACAGGCUCCCGGUACUCCUCGUCCAAGUAUGAUGAACCAGUUCUCUCAUCAGUCUCUCCAUGGGCAGAGGACAUCUCCCUCCCAUCCAGUCGACCCUUAUGGACAGUCACAAAGCGCUCCAAGAAAUUCUGUUGGAGAAAGGUUCUCAAAGUCCCCAGGUAGCCAGAGGGGGAUGGCAGAACCAUUUCCUAGUACUUGUGUUCCGCUAAGAGCAGGCAUUGGUGAGGCAUUCCCUCAACCAGGGGCCCCAAGACCAAUGCUUAAUGACCCCUAUGCCCAACCUCCCGGGACUCCAAGACCUGGUCCUGAUGGCCUGAACAGACCUGUACUCAAGAUUGGACCAUUGGCAAGUCAGGAUCCUUUCUCCUCGCCCCAAGGCAGACUCCAAGAGCAUUUUUCUCAUUCAGACUCGCAUGCACCAAAACAUUCAAAUGUCCCAGAAGAUGGAUUUAGUCAGUCUCCAUCCAGAAGGCCCAAUCAGACACCUAGCCAUGACCCUUUUGACCAAGCCCCAAUGACCCCUCAUUCACAGUCAGCUGAAAACAUUGAAGCAAAGGAUCAAGCAGCUGUAAGUAUCAGUGGAACCGGCCCUCAAGACCCUGUCCAAUUGUUUAACAACCCUCAAGUCUCCGGUACUUCAGCUGACGCUCAGGGGCUUGCUGCUGUUGAGACUGAGGAGAGACUCAAACAGAGACAGAAAAUCAGGGAACUCAUCAAACAGCACCAACAGAAGAGACAAGAAAGGAGCCUUCAGGAGCCGGCCAGCAUGGCUCCAGGAACACCAAGACCAUGGCCCCAGGAGGGCCCCAGUCAACAGGGUGAAGUGUUCAACCGACCACCUCCACCAUAUCCUGGACAAGUACCUAUAAGAGGACCUACAAGAUUUCCUGGAGCUUUUCAAGGAGAUCGUGUUCCUUUCCAUAAUGAAGGACAACUUCCGUGUGCCCCAAAUCCUGGAGAUUCUAAUUUGAGGCAUCAAGGACCAAGGUUUGCGUUUCCUGCUGGACUUUUAGGACCCCAUGGGGCACAAGGGUUCUUUCCAAGAGGGCAGCACCCAAUGCAAGAUGUACCUCCUCAAAUUAGACAGUCCAUGUCAGCAGAAAUGACGAGAGGUAUGGGAGGCAAUCCAAUGGGACUUCCCCAGCACUUUCCACCGCAUAAUAUGCCAAUGCAGCAGCACAACAUCAUGGGGCAGCAUUUCAUCGAGCUGCGACACAGAACAGUAGAAAACAGACCACGUGCUCCUUUUCCACUGGGCGCCAUGCAAGGAAACAAUUUGGAUCCCAACGUGCAGGGUCAAAGGUCAGCUGGGUUUCCUGGAGCGCACGAUUCAAGAUUUCAUUUAAAUCACGGACUUAAAAUGUUAGAUCCCAACCAGACUGGUCACUUGCAGCCUUCUGCCAGCAUGGAAAAUCUUCAUCAUCAAACCCAAUCAUCAGGAAUCAACCCAAUGAAACAAUCUCCACUGAUGAGAUCUAUGAGCCAACCCGCCUCAAACGAGGCACAUAACUUUGCACCAUCCAUGAUGUUCCCUGCAGCCUCUGCUGGGCCGAUUGAGAAUGUUUCCGUUAACAACAGUGAAGCUGUUGAGGAGAAACUUGAUACAGACGAUUCAGCAGUCAAAGAUCUUGAGGAUGUUGAGGUGAAAGAUCUUGUAGAUGCUGACUUGGAAAACUUAAAUUUAGAUCCUGAAGAUAGCAAAGACCUAGAUCUAGAGACAAACGACCUCCACCUUGAUGACUUUCUGACAUCAGGGAAGUUUGACAUAAUUGCUUACACAGACCCAGACUCGGAUGACAUUAAAAAAGACAUGUUUAAUGAGGAGUUAGAUCUUGGUGAUCCAAUCGAUGAUGCUGCUGAAUCAACAAACACAAACAAAAUUAUAAGCACUGAAUCAGGUAAAUCUAUAGCUACCGUUGCUAAAUCUGAGUGUGCAAGCAAACAGUCCACAGAGGAACCCAAACCAGAGGUUUCUGGGAAUCGUGACUCUGAUUCUUUGCCACCUGACCAGGUAGUUAAAUCAGAGGUCAAAGACUGUCAGAGGCCAACUAAGGUGGUACACCAGCAAGCUUCUGAAAAUGCCACACAUCAGCAGGGGGUUCUCUCUGACUCCACCCCAGUCCUUUCUAGUUUGCUCAUUAAGCAGCAGCCUGAAGAGCAGUCAUUAAAUACAAUCUCUGCAUCUGUCAGUCAAGGAGCUAACCUUAUGGUCCAGCAGAACCAAGUGACUGAUACUCGGCAAACCUCAGAACACGCUCUGAGUCAAACAAUACCUGACACCACUGUGGGAGAAGUUUCUGUGACUGGCUUUGGUGUAGAACAACAAAUGGGGCUGAGCCCUGGAGUAGAUCAGAGUGGUUUGAGUCAGACCCAGCAGGGAGGGGGUCAACUUGGCCAGCAACAGCGCCCCCUUCUGCUGGAGGAGCAGCCUCUUUUAUUGCAGGACUUAUUAGACCAGGAAAGGCAAGAACAGCAGCAGCAGAGGCAGAUGCAAGCCAUGAUACGACAGCGUUCCAGUGACUCCUUUUUCCCCAAAAUCGAUUUUGAAACCAUCACUGACCCCAUCAUGAAAGCCAAAAUGGUGGCUAUAAAGGGCAUCAAUAAAGUCAUGGUUCAGAACAACAUGGGAAUGACACCAAUGGUCAUGAACAGAUAUCCACCUGGACCUGGGCCACCUUGUCCUGAAAGCACACCCCUCCCUCCACAAGUGCUCGGACCGGAUGGUAAACUGACGCAAGUAACAAGACCCAAUCCUCCAACUUUUGGACCAGGAUUUGUCAACAAUCCUCAGAGAGCUCAGUAUGAAGAGUGGCUCCAGGAGACUCAGCAACUACUUCAAAUGCAGCAGAAGUUUCUAGAAGAAAAGAUUGGCGCUCAUAGAAAGUCUAAGAAAGCCCUGUCUGCCAAGCAAAGAACUGCGAAGAAGGCAGGCAGAGAGUUCCCAGAGGAGGAUGCAGAACAGCUCAAGCAUGUCACAGAGCAGCAGGGUGUAGUGCAGAAACACCUGGAGCAGAUCCGGAAACAACAGAAAGAACAUGCUGAACUGAUUGAAGAGUACAGAGUAAAACAGCAACAAAACAACAUGACACCGAUCAUGUCUGGGAUGCACCCACUGCCGGGCUCCGCUGGCAUGGUGCCCGCUGGCCCCCCAAUGGUGCAGCCUCCCAUCAACCCCAUGAUGCAGAUGCCACUUCGCUCUGGCCAACCAAAUGCCCCUCCACGUAUGCCCAACCCUCAACCUGGCUGGCAUCCUGGUGCUCCCAUGCCCAUGAGUGGACCAGGAAUGCCCCCUUUAAUGCCUCCUCAGGUACCUGUUGCAAAUCCACCCCAGCCCCUUCAAAUGCCAAUGGCUCAAAUGCCCAUGGAUCCUCAGGCACCACAUGCUCCACCUGGGGGUGCAAAGCCCCUGCAGGCAGGCGGCGUAAAAUUUGACGACAACAACCCUUUUAGUGAAGGUUUCCAGGAGCGAGAAAGGAGGGAGAGACUUAGGGAGCAACAGGAGAGACAACGGGUGCAGCUCAUGCAGGAGGUCGAGCGCCAGAGAGCCCUGAAACAUCGCAUGGAAAUGGAGCAGCAAGGGAUGAUGGGACCAGAUGGAAACAUGGCACCACUCGCCCAGAUGCCUUUUUUUAAUUCUGAGUUGCCACAAGACUUCAUGCAGCCUCAAAGACCCUCUAUGCCGCAAUCGCAUCAAUUAGGUCCAAUGUUUCCUCAACAGCAGGGCAUGCAGCAUGGCAUCAGCUCGCCCCCUGGAACAUUCAUUCAGGGUGAUAGGAGAGGCAUGAUGGGGAAUGGGAUGAUGGCAGCUGAUGUGGGGCCUGAUAAUGUUCCCCUUCAGGGACUUGGUUUUCCUCAUGGUCAUCCGCGGCCUCGUCAGUUCAGCGGACCAGGACUGAUGCCAGCAGAGGGUCCGCCUUUUGAUGGUGACACAGCCACACCCCUUCCAUCCAACUUUCCAGGUUCGGGUCAGUCGCUCAUUCAGCUGUACUCCAACAUUAUCCCAGACGAGAAAGGCAAAAAGAAACGGAAUCGCAAGAAAAAGAAGGAGGAUGACGCAGAUUCAGUCAAGACGCCAUCAACGCCACACUCGGACCUCACAGCCCCCCUCACACCCUGUGUCUCUGACACUUCCUCAACUCCAACAAGAAACACUCAUCUUUUUGGAGAGCAGGACUUGUCGAGGUCCCCCUUACUGGGGUCGUCCACUCCCAGUCACACAGAGCUUGAGAAGCAGCUUUCUGCAGCCCAGUCUGGACCUCAUGGUUUGCCCUCUGAGACGUCCAGGACCCAGGUCCAGGACCAUGACAGAAUACUGAGUAACAUCAAACUUGAGAAGACGGAAACAACUGAGUGUCACGGGCAAAGGGAAGGAUCCAUCUGCUCAGACAUGAGCUCCGUAAAGGAAGAGGGGAAUAAAGGGGGCGUGUCCCCAUUUCCUGCUGAGCAAAGUCCAAACAAGGGCGAGUCCAGCAAUGAGCUACUCAAACAUCUUUUAAAGAACAAGAGCACACCUCCACCUGCUCUGUCUCACCAGAGGUCAGAGGAAAGCCUUCGCUCUGAGGAGGGGGAAACCCCCGACUGCAAAAGCUUUCUGAGACAGAGCUCCAUGGACAGCAGUGGGCAGGCAUACUCCGAUGGCACUUCUGACUUUCCUGGGCCUCAGCUGCCUGAACAAGAGAAGAAGAAGGGGCGGAACAAGAGACCUCCGAAAGGAGGAGAAAAACCCGCCUCGCGCUACAAGAAAAGGAAGAAAGAUAGAGACGAGAGGCAGCUGAUGCACUCUGGCUCGGACACAGUCAUAACGCAGAUCAAGCAACAGCUCUCCUUGCUGCCGCUCAUGGAGCCUCUGAUUGGAGUAAACUUUGCUCACUUUGCUCCUUAUGGAAGCGGGCAGCUCAAUGGAGAAAACCUCCUGACUGGUACUUUCGGCAGUGCCUCGCUCGACGGAGUUUCUGAUUAUUACUCCCAGCUCGCCUACAAGCAAAGUAACUUGAGCAAUCCUCCAACACCUCCGGCAUCUCUUCCUCCCACUCCACCACCUGUGAGUCGGCAGAAAAUGAUCAAUGGAUUUGCUACAACUGAGGAGCUGGCCAGCAAAGCUGCUGCGAUGGUCUCCAAAGGGCUGGUGCCAAAGCCCCUGCAUGUCCCCUUCAGGCCAGAGGAAGAUCUUCUUGCUCGAGCCAUUGCUCAGGGUCCCAAAACUGUGGAUGUUCCAGCUUCCCUUCCCACCCCUCCUCACAACAACCAGGAGGAGCUCAGUAACAGGGGGCAGGAGGCUUGCAAGGACAGAGACACACCUGACAGCUUUGUACCAUCCUCAUCUCCUGAGAGCGUGGUUGGCAUGGAGAUCAGCCGCUACCCAGACCUGCGCCUGGUGAAGGAAGAGCCUCUUUCCCCCUGCCUGUCCCCUGCGUUCCCCCUGCUUCCUGCCCCUGAUGGGAAAGGGUCAGAGAUCAAACUCCAGGAUAUCAAGACUGAGCCGUCUUUCAUGUUCUUCGGUUCUCCGCUUGGCCCCGUGUCCAGUGAUUCUAAGCAAGGAUUGGUGUCUGUGGCCAUCACUUUGAGGCCGGCUGCAGCUGAGAACAUCACCGGUGUGGUAGCAGCCAUCUCAGACCUGUUGUGCGUGAAGAUUCCUAGCAGCUAUGAAGUGAGCAGCACCCCAGACAGAGCCCCUCUGUCCAUGCUGAACGCUCAGAGGAUGGGUCCUCUUGGCAUGGAGGCGCGCCAUCCCAUGCUCUUCCACGGACAUGGAGACGGGGGAGGGCUCCAGGGUCGGCACGGCCAGAUGAUCAGAGCCGGCGGCCCACAGGGAGUGAUGCAGCAGCAGGGACAUCAGUUCCGUUUCUAUCAAAACAACCAAGGCACAACUGUACCGCGAGGGACUGACGGUAAGACCCCAACUAACCCUGCAUGUAAACCUCACUGGUGCUGCCACUGUAAAGUGGUGGUUCUUGGAAGUGGAGUGCAGAAAGCCAUCAGAGAUCUCCCGGAUCACAUGAAGGAACCUCAAAUGGGUUUAAAUUCGGAAGAGGACCUGGUCUUUUGCAGUCACAGCUGUUUCGUUCUGUACUGUUCAUCUUCCCUGUCGCAGUCCAGGCCGAUGGCGGCAGAAACAAAGGAGUCCAUGUCCCUUUUGCCAUCCUCGGACCAAUCGGAGAACCUUUGCAAAGCUCAUCACCAGUACAAUAACAACAUGUCCUCACUGGAUGUUCACUGCCUGGCCAAACUGCAGCCAAAGCACUCUCCCCCCUCGACUCCUCCUAUUCCCUUUCCCGCAGCAGACGAGGCACCCAAGUCCGAGAUCAAAUCGGACGCCCUGAAGGUAACUGUCAAGCUAAAGGCCCGGCCGAGGUCCCACGAUGGCUGGCACCAGGGGAAGAGACAGAAAGGUCUGCGCUGGAGGAAGUGGACCGUUCAGGUGGUGGUGCCCAGAGGGAAUUCCCACCUCCCAGAUGAAGAUAAAAUCGACGAGCUCCUAAAGAAACUGGGUGCCUCCCUGCGACCCCCAGCCUCCCUCAAAGACCAAAGACGCUGCUGCUUUUGUCACCAGUUUGGAGAUGGCAUCACUGACGGCCCUGCUCGGCUGCUGAAUCUAGACCUCGAUGUUUGGGUUCAUCUAAACUGUGCUCUCUGGUCAACCGAGGUCUAUGAGACCCAGGCUGGUGCCCUCAUCAACGUGGAGCUGGCGUUGCGCCGUGGCCAGACGAUACGCUGCGCAUACUGCCAGCAGAUUGGAGCCACCAGCGGCUGCCAUCGCCCUCGCUGUACCAACAUUUACCAUUUCACCUGCGCUUUGCAAGCCCAAUGCACAUUCUUCAAAGACAAAACCAUGCUCUGCCACGCCCACAGGCCCAGAGGAACAGGGGGUCAAGCCCUGGAGCACGAGCUGCGCUGCUUUGCCGUGUUCCGGCGCGUUUACGUUCAGAGGGAUGAGAUGCGUCAGAUUGCCACGGCUGUGCAGCAGCCUGAGUUGGGUUUUACCUUUCGAGUGGGCAGUUUGGUGUUGCAUGCAAUAGGCCAGCUAACUCCACUCCAGAUGGCCUCUUUCCAUUCCUCUACGGCCAUCUUCCCAGUUGGCUACGAAGCUUGCCGUGUUUACUGGAGUAUGCGCCAUGGCAACCGCCGUUGCCGCUACGUCUGCUCUGUUGAAGACAACGACGGGCUGCCAGAGUUUACCAUCAGAGUCAUAGAACGAGGCUACCCCGACCUGCUCCUCACCGAUGCUUCCCCUAAAGGGGUGUGGGAUAAGGUUCUUGGCCCAGUUGCUGAAAAAAGAUCAGAAUCAGGAACUCUGCAGCUUUUCCCAGUUUAUCUGAAAGGAGAGGAUCUGUUUGGACUCACAGUACCCGCCGUCACCAAGAUCACCGAAUCGCUCCCAGGAGUGGAGUCCUGCGAUCGGUACUCUUUCCGUUACGGACGCAAUCCUCGUUUGGUUUUGCCUCUUGUGUUCAAUCCUGCUGGAUGUGCUCGUGCCCAGCCAAGAACCAGCUCUCCCUACACCUCACUGGUGAUCAGGCCACAGCCACAAGCUGCGUCAAGCAGCAGUGCCAGAUCCAACCAGAAUGUGGCCCAAGGAGAAGGCGGGGUUCCUCACAGUAAGACUCCAGUUGUUCACCCGAGAUCCUCCCAGUACCGCUGGAUGAAGAGUGAGUGGCGGGCUAAUGUUUAUUUGGGCCGCUCUCAGAUCCAGGGCCUGGGCCUGUUUGCUGCCAGAGACAUUGAAAAACAAUCCAUGGUAAUCGAGUACAAUGGAACCAUCCUCCGAAAUGAGGUCGCCAUCAGGAAAGAGAAGGUUUACAGAUCGCAGAACCGAGCGGUGUUUAUGUUCCGCAUCGACAGUGAACAUGUUGUUGAUGCCACUCGAACUGGAGGGCUAGCGAGAUAUAUCAACCACUCCUGCGCCCCCAACUGUGUGGCAGAGGUGGUCACCUUCGAGAGAGGUUACAAAAUCAUCAUCAGCUGCGUUCGGAGGGUUGAAAAAGGCGAGGAGCUGUGUUUCGACUAUCAGUUUGACGCCGUGGAGGGCCGGCACAGGAUUGCUUGCCACUGCGGCGCCCCUAAAUGCAGAAAGUGGAUGAACUGAAGGAAAAAAAAAAAGAGAAACCCAAAUAAAUAUUAUUCACUGCGGCGCACGGCCAACUCGGCUUAAAGAAAGGGACUUCACACAAGUCAUUUCACCCACGAGGGGGGGGAAGAAGGCCUCUGGAAGAAAGGAAUCCACCCGUUUGUCCAUCGGGGUUGUUAAACAGAAAUAAGGUGGAGGAAGGGAGAUCUCCCGGUAGCAGGAUGCGACUUGUGCCAUACGCGGAGGCUGCGUCGCUCCUCCGUGCGUCCGUCUGUCUGUCUGACUGUUUUUCUGCGUGUUUGUUUGAUGUUCAUGGGUUGUGGAAUCCACCAGCGAAUGAGAAAGCACUGUGCAGGGUGCGGCCUUAUUGCUUACUAAGGGCAGGCCCUUUUGUUACAUACUGUCAAUGUAAACCGUAUGACUAAAUGUAGACAUCACUGAAUGAGGAAUGUACAGCAGUGAAUACCGUGAAGGGAAUAUUAACUUGCACUAAAAAAUAAAAAAAAAUAGAAAAAAAAAGACCAUACACAUGAAAACUUUUGAAUACUUGAUUCCAUGAGUCAGUUUUAUCAUAGGUCUCAGUCAUGUGAUUUGUGUGGAAUUCGAGAGGUUUUGUAUUUAUUACCGAGUGAAUGAAUUUUAUUCUUUAAAUGAGAUUGACUUACAGAAGGUCUCUAGAUUGCUAUUGUUUUUGAAGACUGAAGAAGACAUGCUGUUACUUUUUUUGUAUAAAUGUACAUAAAGAAAACUAUAGGAAUAACGACCAAAUACUACCUUAAUCUUCUCGAUGUUUGGGUGUUUUUAAACUGUUUUUGUUCUCUUUGUCAUUGAAAUUUAUUUAAGAUAGUUGUUAUUUCAGUCAGAGUAUAUAUUAUGAUUAUUCUGUACAGAAUUUGUAAAAUAACCACAAUAAUUCACAAAGUAUUUUUGUUGUAUUAAAGUAAUGUAUUGUAGCGUAGUGUUUUGUGACAUACACAUACUUUGACCACUCAAAAAAGAAAUAUUUUUGUUGACUAGUGUAACCAGUUAGCAGUUACAGAUUUUUUUUUUUUUUAAACCGCUCUUACAGUAGUAAGAGAUCAUUGUCAUAUGUUUGCUGUUAAUCAGGUUGGAUUUUAACGAACUGUGAAUUAGGUUUUGAAACCCCCAAACAACUUUUUAACUUUUUAUGGCAAGAACAGCAACAUGUAUUUUACUUGUUUGUUUUUUUGUUGUUUUUAUUCUACUUUUAGCUGAAAAUCUGUAAUGAUGUUGUGACUUGGGCGCACUAGUGUGCAACAGAAUCGUACGUAGAACCGUAGCUUGUUCUACCUUUUCUUGGACAGAAACGGCAUUGUGCUUAAUCAAAAAUAUUUCUUAUACUGACACUUCACAAGUCACAUGCUUAGAAAUGGACGUUUUUCUGCGUGCACAAUUUCAAAUUGACUGUAAAAUUUUCCAGACAGUCUUAGAACUUGUAAUGUAUAUGGCAUGUAUUUUUUUAACUUUCCGAAGACUAAAUUGUAUAUAUUUUCUCAAUGAAUGGUUGUAAAAAAAUUGUUUCUUGGAUAUUUUUUUCUCUUGUAUAGUACUUCAACCUGCCAGUGUGUCUGUGCUACAACUUUUUUGUUUUUCUUUCCAAGUUGUGUAAAGUAGUCCAACUUUUUUUUAUUUUUUUUCCUUGUUUCAUUUUUUUUGAAAAUGCCUUUUGAAGUGUACAAACUGAGGUUUGGAGUUUGUGGAACUGAAUUUAGAAACAUUUACAAAAAUAAACUAUUUUACAUGUUAAA